AGAUCUUCAUAUCAUAGUCUUUUCAAUGCAAUCGGUACUCUUGUGAUCAUACAAUAUCUGUCAGAAUGUACAGCCGUUACGUCUCUCUUUUCUCCACUGUGGCCUCUUUGGCCUCUCUGGCUUCAGCCUGGGCUCCUCCGUCGUACGCAGGGUACACAUUGCAGUGGACCGAUAGCUUUGACGGCGCAGCAGGGACAUCCCCUAGUUCCGGUAACUGGAACAUCAUCACGGGAAAAUCGACCGUGAACGGCGAGUUAGAAACAUACACUAGCUCAAGUGCAAAUGUCCAGCUGAGCGGUGGUAGCACGAUUCAGCUUGUGCCCUGGGCAGACAAUACUGUCUCUGGCGGAUGGACUUCAGGCCGCGUUGAGAGCAAGUACACCUUCACGCCAACAGCGGGCGUUAUCACAAUGGCCGAAGCCAAUAUCAGAUUUGGAACAAACGCUAUUGCAAACAAACAGGGGAUUUGGCCUGCAUUCUGGAUCCUGGGUGAUUCCAUCCGUCACGGAACUGGAUGGCCAGCAUGUGGAGAACUCGAUAUUCUCGAGACAGUUAAUGGCCAGCUGACUGGCUACGGUACUGCUCAUUGCAAUGUGAACCCAGGUGGUAUCUGCAACGAGCCUAAUGGUCUAGGUGGACGCAUCACCAUCCCAGACCAGUCCUGGCAUACAUGGCGCAUGGUCUGGGAUCGUACUCCAUCUUCCUGGCAGUCUGAGACGAUUACCUGGUAUAUGGACGGACGACAAUUCUGGCAGAUCAGUGGCUCUCAGAUUGGGAACCAGGGUGUCUGGGCAACGCUGUGCCAUAGCCCGUUGUAUUUCAUUCUCAAUGUGGCUGUUGGUGGUAACUGGCCAGGUUAUCCUAAUUCACAAACCCUCGGAGGGUAUGGCAGUAUGAUGGAAACUGCCUAUGUUGCUGUCUACCAGUCUUAACUUCAAAGGUCUAUUGUCUAUUCAUUUCUGGAACAUACUGAAUUUUUGUAACUCUGUAUCUCAUUAUCUGUACAUAUUUCCUACUAUCUUAUACUUUGAACAAGUCUUAUCACCGCUUAUACCCAGUCAUAUCUAUGUAACUAGGGGUUGUUUAGUACCGAGCAAUAUCAAUUGACAUCUGCCGCU